AUGCGUGUUUUGAAAUUUGUAUCAUUUGCAUCACUAGUUGCAUAUGCCCAUUCUGCCACCAAACAAUUGAAUUUAUUCACCAGGGUGAAAGGUGACUCCCCACUAAAAGACAAGUUUGACAAUAAGCCUAUCUUUUUCCAGACGGAUCCACUGGGACACUAUUACCUCGAAGUGGCGGCUGACGACUCGGGUCUUGCGAAACGAGAUGCAUUCAGUGUGUACACGUAUGAUGAUGAAGAGCAAGCUAUAUACCAGCAAAUUACAAACAAUUUGCGAGCAAAUUUAACUGCUGAGGAUGAAGUGUUGCAAAUGACGUUUCUCAAGCCAUUGGUUAUCAGGUUGAUUGAGUUGAAAAGUGGGUUAUUGGAUAAGUUAUUGUCUUUUAAAGAAAUUGCAGGUUUAUUCGUUACUGAGAAUGUGCCUUUGCGGGGGGGACAACAGUCAGCUUAUGUUGUUACAACAUCUGGGUACAAGAAGAUUGGUGAUCAAAAAAUUCCAAUUGAUAUUGUCGCAAGAGAGGUGAGAUGA